UGCCUUUUUCCAUUCACCUCAGGUUGCUCCGAGUCCUCACAAUCAAUCUUCUUUCGAUUUCCUUCCAAUCGCCAUGUUUCGCUUCCUCCGCAGCCAGCUGAUGGUCACGCCCUCACUGCCCCCUUCCGCCUCCUUCACGGACCAAGUCGCCAUCGUCACCGGUGCCAAUGUCGGCCUAGGUCUCGAGGCAGCCCGUCAUAUCUCCCGUCUUGGUGCUCGUAAGGUCAUUCUUGCCGUGCGCAACGUUCUUUCCGGGGACGAAGCCCGUCGGUCGAUCGAGGAGUCCACCGGCCGAGUAGGAGUCUGCGAAGUUUGGCCCCUCGACCUAGCCUCUUACGCCUCAGUCAUCGCUUUUGCACAUCGCGCUCAGGCUCUACCACGUCUCGAUAUUGUGCUCGAGAAUGCCGCGGUUGCAACCACGGAGUUCCAGCUUGCCGAGGGUCAUGAGCUUAGUAUAACCGUCAAUGUCAUCAACACCAUGUUCCUGGCACUCCUACUCCUUCCUAAGCUCCGCGAAACGGCACGUCGAUCUCCUCUUCGCAAACCGCAUCUAACAGUAGUCGUUAGCGAGGCCCAUGCCUUCACCUCCUUCCCCGAAUGGCGACAGGAGUGCAUUUUCGAGGCUCUGGACGACAAUGGAGCCACCGACAUGAAUGAACGGUAUCCUACUUCGAAACUGCUGGAGAUUCUAGCCCUGCGCGAGUUGAUCGUUCGCAUGAGCGACGACGCGGUAAUAAUCAACAUGGUUAACCCGGGGCUCUGUCAUUCUCGGCUCUCGCGCGACGCUGGUAUGAGCAUGGCGAUCAUGAAGUUUUUUUUGGCCCGGUCAACCGAGGUAGGUAGUCGCACUUUAGUGACAGGAAUCGUAGCUGGCUCGGAGACGCACGGCAGCUAUAUGAGCAAUUGCCUUGUGGCGUCACACGAGCUGUCGGCUUUUGUGCGCAGCGAGGAUGGGGACACAGCACAAAAGAAGAUCUGGCAGGAGCUGUGCGAAAUGCUAGAGGUCAUCCAACCGGGGGUGACACGGAAUCUAUAGAAAAAGGCGAGUUGCAUGAACACG